UCUGGAACCGUCCUGGCUGCAGUUUUGUGUAGCCAGAGGGUUUGGGACUAUGGUUAAAACGGAAUCCGGCGCUGCCCUUUUCCCUUCUCAGCUCUGAAACCCAUCUGCUCUUCCUCCAGUCUUCUCCCACCAGAUCUUUCCACUUAAACCCGACUUAAUGCCUUCCAGAAAUCCAGGCAGAAAAAGGAAGCGUAAAGACUGCGGAAUCCGGAAGCUUGGUGCUGGGACCCGCUCUUUCCCGGGAGCUACGGAAUGUCGCUUUAAACAACAACAAAUAAAACCCCCAAAGUGGAGGGUCCGGUAGAGGGCGGAGGACAGAGGAACAACAAAAGAGCGCGAGCUCUCCGGAGAGCGGAACGAUUGGAAUCUUCCCGCCGGCGCGCUUUCGGUUUUCAAUCUGGUCCGCAGCUCUCCUAUAACCACGCAGGCCGCGGCCCCCCCAAGGACAGUUCUCCGAGCGCAUCCGCCAUGUCUGGGAGAGGGAAGGGCGGCAAGGGCCUGGGCAAGGGCGGCGCCAAGCGCCACCGUAAGGUCCUGCGCGACAACAUCCAGGGCAUCACCAAGCCCGCCAUCCGGCGGCUGGCCCGGCGCGGCGGCGUCAAGCGCAUCUCCGGGCUCAUCUACGAGGAGACCCGCGGCGUGCUCAAGGUGUUCCUGGAGAACGUGAUCCGCGACGCCGUCACCUACACGGAGCACGCCAAGCGCAAGACGGUCACCGCCAUGGACGUGGUCUACGCGCUCAAGCGCCAGGGCCGCACCCUCUACGGCUUCGGGGGGUGACCUGCCGCCGCCUCCGCUCCAGCUCCAAAGGCCCUUCUUAGGGCCAACCACGUACUCCACAAAGAGUUGGGCACUUGAGUGUCAGGCGAUGAAGCCGGGAGGUGAUCCUGUGGGUCCCCAUCUGUACUGACAGGCAGGUACCGUUGCCAGGGGAGAAAGUGAAGCCCCAGGGCCCGGCUGACAGCCAAGUGGCUUUCCAUUUGUGGGUAUUUUUGAAUGCUAUUUUUUUCAUCGAGCCGUGCUUUAGGCCUAAGCACUACUUUGGAAGUUUUUAAGUAGUUUUGUCAUCUCGGUUCGGCGCUAUCCUGAUUAUUAUGGCUGUGGGGAGUAGGACCGACCCUGUGAUUCUAGUCCAAGGCUGGCCUGUGAGCUUUAGCUAUCUUUGGGGCUUUCAUUUUCCACCACUUUUCAAAAAGGGAGGGGGUCAGGUCCUUUAGUUCACAUUGUGUAUAGUUUUUUUGUGACAUGACAUGAAACAAUUGAUUUCUAGUGUGACAUUGAAGGUAUACAGAAAGCUGAGCAAACUUAUUGAAAGCACUCUUAAACAGGUAACUCAGGUAUGUGACUUGUUAGAACCUGUUUUAUUUAGCUUAGAAUGGGGGCAUCUGCAGGAACAUGCUCACCAUCAAUAUAGAAGGUGCAGUUUAAUUUUGACAAAGCAAAACCAAAAAAUGAUUGUGUCUGUGGAGCAAAGUACAGUAAGCCAUUCUCUAUACUUCCCGUUUGUCCUAAACUGUCCUGAUUUGUAUUGAACAUUGCAGCUAUUAACAUUUGCAUGUAAAGUUCUGGGUUGUGUGUGUGUGUGUGUUUGCAUUAUGGACUUAUGAUUUUACAGCAAAAAUUAGCCUAUGUAUGUAAUUUAGAGAAUUCUGUAAGAACCCAAAAGAUAAUCACUUUAUUAGCUGCUCUUAGCAACAAACACUUGAGGGUUAACUACGUUUAAUACAUAGUGCUUCACAAUGGAGAUAUCAGCAAAGUAAGGGAUACAAGAUUUGCCCUUCAGGAACUUAACAGGGGAAAAAAGAAAUACACAAUACAUAAAUAUAUACAUACUUAUAUAACAUAAGAAGUCUAGUAGUACAAGAAGCAUAUAUUCACUAUGAUGAGGAAUAUAGACAAUAAUAACUAUAGAAAUCCUAAUGCUAUAGAAGUCACUUGGUGCAGGCAAAUUGGGGAAAGCUUGAACAUGAUGGUGGUUGGGUUGGGGGGUAUUCAAUCUUUGAAAAAAGCAGAAUGCCUGGCAUUGUACUGGAGAAGACAGUAAAUGGGUGGGGAGGGAGUGGCAAAAAUAACAUUUUCCAGCUAAGAAAUAAAAGGCUUCUAUGAUCAAGAGUUCUUGCUUUUCCUUUUAGAAUCUCACCAACAGCAGGGUGCACACGGGCAUAGUGGUGCAUGCUUGUAAUCCCAGCGGCUUGAGAGGCUGAGGCAGGAGGAUUUCGAGUUCAAAGCCAACCUCAGCAAAAUUGAGGCACUAAGCAACUCAGUGACGCUGUGUCUAAAUACAAUACAAAAUAGGGCUGGGGAUGUGGCUCAGUGGUUGAGUGCCCUUGAGUUCAAUAAAAAAAUCUCACCACCAAUAACUAACUUAUAGAAUUUGUUUCAAACAUCACUGUGAUUUUUUUUUUUUUUACUUUAAAGGCAAUGCAGAUGAAUACAUAAAAUCCUAAGAUGCUCUAAAAUAGUAAAUAGCAUUAUGAAGAGAAAUCAAAGAAUAAAAAAGGGGAGGGGAGCAGAAUCAUGUCUAUUGUUUAAGUCAGUGGUUCAAAAAGUAUAGUCUCUAACUUACCAACAUAGAUGAACUGGGAACCUUUAGAAAUACAAAAUCCUUGGCCCCAACCCCACAACUAUUGAAUGAAAAACCCUGGGGCAGAGUAAUUUGUGUUUUAAUAAGCUAUGCAUUCCAGGUGAUUUUGAUAUACAUUAGCAGUUUUUCUUUAAAACAUGAGUCUGAAUGUUGUCCCAAUUUGUUUAAUGUUAAAUUUUGCUUUCUUUGAUGAAAAAGCAAGUGGAUGAUCCUAACAAAUUUUAUGUAGUAAAAAACAUUAUAGGAGAGCUAAAGUAAAAUAGCCUUAUUUGCCAAAACACUCGGAGAACACAUAAAAGAUGUAUGAAUGAAAAAAUAGUGAGCUUGUUUUACUAUUACUGAUUUAUACUUUCAAUUAUACGGAAUUGAAUUUUAUAAUCAAUAGAUUUUUUUUUUCUUCUCUAACAUCCAGUUUUUUUAAAAGGCACUUUAAUGCUGAGCUACAUUCCCAGUCCUUUUUCUGUGGGUAUUUUGAGACAGGGUCUCAUUAAGUUGCUGAUAACUCCUCCUUCCUCAGCCUCCCAAAUCGCUUGGAUUAUGGGCAUGUACCACUAUGCCUGAGCCACUAUACAUCUUUUUAUACACCUUUAAAAUAAUUUUAAUAGUGACCUCAGCUUCCACCUUAUCAGUUCCACUAAUGACAACUGAUACAUGGCCAUGACUGAAUCCUGUUAGCUGUGUCAAGCCCCUGAAUAUUGCCAAAAUACAGAACAUGCAAUUAUGCAUCUUUUUACUUUUUAGCUUUUUCUUUUCUUAACCAUCUGUAAUAGCCAGGAAUAUAGUGCUAUGUUUUAAUCAUCUGUAACAGAAACAUAAAUCUAUGUAUAAUGUAUUUGGUUUGCUAACAAAAUAAUUUCCACCAGAGUGCUCUCUGUGAGCCAGCCUGUGCGUGCUCUUUCCCUUCCUGGGGGUAUUCAGAAUUUCCACCAAAAUAUACACAUACAAAUGAUUAUGGAGUUCCUUCUGUGGGACUGCUUUCUUUUAUUUAUUUUUUUAGUUGUAGAUUGACUCAAUGCCUUUGUUUUUAUGUGGUGCUAGGAUUGAACUCAGUGCCUCACACUCGCAAGGCAAGUGCUCUACCACUGAGCUACAACUCCUUUACAGUGGUCAUAGUGGCACUUGAAUGUUCCACUUAUUAAUCAAAUUUUACUAUUCCAGUUUGACGUCUUACUUUCCCUUUCUGGAUUCUCUCCUCUGACUAGCAGCAGUAUCCUCCCAGACACCCAGACUAGAUAGAAACUCUGAGUCAUCUUUCACUGUUUUUA